CAAAGAGCAGCAGAAGCUGUUUUCUGAGCGUCGGGGAUUUAAACGAGGAAGAGGACGAUGCUUCCUCACCUCAGGAAACACACGUUGAUCCGCCAGUCUUAGAGACACUUCCUUGGGCGUGGCUUUUGUCUACGAACAAACAAACAGAACCAACUCCGAUAGAAGCCCAGAUUCGCACGCCUCAUCUCAACAUGGACGCGUCCCUCCAGGACUCUCACUGUCAUUUGUCCAGGAGCAGCAGGUAUUGUGCGCCCUCUGGUGGUUACAGAGGGAAUGACGUAUGUGCUGAUCUUGCGUUGCCACUGUUCUUAUACCCGACCCAUGUUGAUCAGCGAGUCUAUGAUAGAUCCUACUGUAGCAGUGCAUCACUGCUCUCAUACCUGCCACCGUUCCACGGCAGCUUCGGCGUCUACGAAUGUCCAUUCGAGCCCGCCUUCAUCCAGAAACGAAACGAGCGGGAACGCCAGCGCGUGAGAUGCGUGAACCAGGGAUAUGCCAAACUACGCGACCACCUGCCCAACGGCACCACGGACAAACGGCUGAGCAAAGUGGAGACGCUGCGCGCGGCCAUACGCUACAUCAAGUACCUGCAGGAUCUGGUGGAGAAUGCGGGCAGGGCGGAGGAGAACGGAGGAGCAUCACCGCUUUCCAUUUCUGAAUCGUCUUCUGAGGAGUCUGUUGGGAGUUAAAGUCGUACAGGAAACAUCAUUUAAAUAACUUUUAUCCCGCUACUCCAAAACGAUGCUCAAACCCUGAGUGAUUCUCAGAGAAUAGCAUAUGUUUCAAUGACGCAAAAGCACAAUUUGUAAUUCCAAAAGAGCUAUCCAGGAAAUGUGCAAAUAAUUACAGACAUUUAUUUAUGUUUGGUGUUCAAUAAAGUAAUGAAAUCUUCUGAAAUGAGCUGAAUGUGGCACAAGAGUGGCUAGCGUGACGUAGUGUGUUUUCAGACUGGGACAUGAGGGCACAGGUGUCAUGACGCCCAAAAAAAAGCCUUGAAAUCAACACGACACCCUGUUUCUGCUCUUGAAUUCUCAUGUGAACUGUGA